CCCGCACGCGCCACGCGCCGAGGACUUUGAGCAUGAUGGUACGAUCGUCUGACGGUCAUUCCCACGUUCUUCGCGCGUGCGCUCACCAUCGCACAGAACGUCCGGCUUCUCCUUUGUCGUGGGGUCUGAGUCGCCGUCGCCGUCGACGUCGCGUCGCAGAAGUGCAAGACGCGCUCGCGCUUCUCGAAGCCUGCCAUUCCAGUUCCGUUGGAGCAGCCAAUCUUACGUGGCGUCGACUUCGGUUCCCUUCGAGCUGUGCGAUUGCGCCGUGCGCGGUUCAUGAAUGGCAGGGGUGGGAGAUCCAGCUUUCGAAAGGUCGGGCGUGUCUGGACACGUUCUGGCCGCGUCUCACAGUGCUUUCCACUCGAUGCCACGGCACGACGGCGAACGUCCUCGGAGGGAAGAGACACGCAUGCACAUGGCUCUCUGCGCUUCCUUUCCGAAUCUUCAAUAUAUCGAAUCUUGACGCUGCCACCACCGGCACCACCACCACUCUCCCUUGCCGAAAUUCAUCUGCUUUCAGAUUGAUUCAGGUUCGAAUUUAUCAGCAUUCUGCGCGGCACAUAUCUCGCCUGUGCGUGCCGACACGGAACGGCAAUGAAAUGUCGACAGGCUUGCGACACCGUUCGCGCUGCGCGAGGCGAGACAAGGUCCUCCAAGGCGCUACGCACCUAGCGAUAUCCGGCGGUGCCGGUGACUUCAGAAACCGUUGACGACGCGCUGACCGACUGCUGACCGGCUCCCUUGAAGCAAAAGGCGCCCGGCUGUCUAAUUUUUGAUCAACGGGCUUCCAGAUCCAGCCACUUUUGGGAGAGCCUCAAGCAACGACGUGCAACUGGGCAGGGGCCCGAUGUGCCUGCGCUCGUGCUUGUCAGAGAAAGGUCACCGGCACGUAUUGUCUUAACUCGCCGUAAACAUUCCUCACUUCAAUAUCAGUGUCUCUCAGUUCUUAGUCGCAGUGACGUAUAUCUGGCGACCCACUCACUCAGCGUGCCUCGUCUAACUGCAUUUUCUUCCGAGAUUCGACGGCACUCGAUGGCCACAAACUUUAUGUAUUCGCAGGUCCCGGUUGCUUGUCAAUCUUACUCUUCGGGCAUGAUCACCUCCGCAUAUAUCAGGCGUGCGUGGGUGGAGAAUGGACCCACAU